CUUUGACUAGCUUUUCUUUCGAGGCAUCCCCGGUUAAGUGGAUAAACCAACAAGACGCAGCUAUGAGUCUCUCAGCCAAGGACAAAGCCAAUGUGAAGUCCAUCUGGACCAAGAUCCUAACUAAAUCCGAUGACAUUGGAGAACAGGCGUUUUCCAGGAUGCUGGUCGUCUACCCCCAGACCAAGACCUACUUCUCCCACUGGGCUGAUCUGAAACCCGGAUCCGCUCAAGUAAAGAAACACGGCGACACCAUCAUGAACAAGAUCGAUGAGUGUGUUAACCACAUGGAAGACCUCGUGCCUUUCCUGUCCAGCCUCAGCGAACUGCACGCCACCAAACUGAGGGUGGAUCCCGCCAACUUCAAGUUCCUGGCCCACUGCCUGCUUGUGGCUGUUGCCGCCUACUUACCCAACGACUUCACCCCAGAUAUCCAUCUGUCCGUGGACAAGUUCCUGCAGCUAGUUGCUCUGGCCCUGGCGGAGAAGUACCGCUAAACCGGAGUUCAGCUGUCUGUCAUCCAAGUCAUAAUGCCCUUCUAAAGGCGACACUUUGACAAUAAACGUAAUUAAAACCGA